AUGGCAGAAGCCGCAGCGUCAGAGACCCCGCCAUGGUGGGCGGCCUUUCCCGCUCCCAAGGCCGAGUCCCCGGAAAUCGAGGCAGAUGAGGUGAUGGGGUUGCUUGAGGCUCAAGCUGCGGUCGGCAACAACACACCUCGAGACUUUUUGCUCGUCGAUGUGCGCCGGAACGACUUUGAAGGCGGCACCAUCUCAACGUCCAUCAACUUUCCGGCCCAAUCCCUCUAUCAAACGAGACCGAUCAUUCAUCAGCUUUGCAAGCAGGCUGGUAUCAAGCGUGUUGUAUUUUACUGCGGAAGCAGCAAUGGUCGUGGUCCUCGGUCAGCGAAUUGGCUGCAGGACUAUUUCGACGAGCUUGGCGAAACUGCCGUGCAGGCCGUCAUCCUCAAAGGCGGCAUCAAGGGCUGGGUUCGUAGGUAUGGCGGCCGCAUGAUGGACUGGUAUGACGAGAAGGCCUGGGCCAGUCCCGUCAAGUAG